AUGGCCUAUACCGACGAUGCGGUUCUCUCAAAGCUCUCAGCUUUGAAUGAGAGCCAUGAUAGCAUUGCAACUACGGCUCAAUGGAUCAUGUUCCAUCGCCGACAUGCAUCCCAGACUGUCCACCUGUGGUUGACCAAGUUGAAAGACCUGCCCAGCCACAAGAGGCUGAACAUGAUCUACCUUGCCAAUGAGGUCACCCAGCAGUCCAAGGCUCGGCACAAAGAUGACUUCCUGAAUGCCUUCUCUCCCUACAUCGCGGAUGCGACAGCCCUCGCAUACAAGGGUGCCCCGCCCGAUAUCCAGGCUAAGCUGCGCAGAGUCCUGGACGUCUGGAAGGAGCGGUGUAUCUUUGAUCGUGACAUUCUCCAGGACAUUGAGGCCAAGUUUGCGGAAAUUGAUCGCAGCCGCCCCCAAGCCCCCUUCGGAGGUGGCUUCAGCAGUUCGGCUCCCUCUAUCCCCUCCGAACUCCAGCCUCUUGUUGCUCCCCAGCUGGCCGUCACUAAGAGCCUGCAGCCCGCUAAAACGGCCGUCACUAAUGCUAACGCCGAGUACGACAAGCUCUCCGAUCCGACCGCCAACGCGACCACUCCCCUUCCUGUCCAGGCCGCCCGUCUCAACGGCCUGCUGAAGACUCUCGCCAAUGCCGAGGGCGCCGUGACCGAGUGCAUCCGGGCUCGGCGCGACCUGAUCCGCGAGCUGGAGAAGAUCCUUGCAACCACCCGCGACGCGCUCGCUACCGAUGAGAAGAAGAUGAUGGAGCUUAGCGCGCGCAGGACCGAAGUCGAGCAGCGCAAGCAGGCUAUCGAACGUGCUAUCGUCGCCGGUGCUUCAGGGAACGGCAAUGGCGCUUCUGUCCCUGCCGAAGGUGCCCCCGCAACUCUGCCGGUCCCUGAGCCCGACCGUCCCCAGGUCGAGGCCCUCACUCCGCCUCACAUCCAGGAUCAUUCGGGCGAUCUCCAGAGCACCAAUCAGCCACCUGCGGCAGUGCCUUUCCACGUCGGCCCUGCUCCUACCUCUAUUCCUUCUGCUUCCCAGACCACUGCAGCUCCCAACCCCUUCCUGAGUGCCGGUGCACCAGGUAUUGAGAUGUUAUCUAAUCUAGCGUCGCAGUACUCCUCUGUGCCAGUCAUGAACAACGGUGUGGGCACCGCGAACAAAAAGCGUAAGAUUGGCGAUGCGACUGCGAAUGAUGAUUUUCCGGAUCUGGGCAAUGAUGAUGGGAUUGAUGCCGAGGUGAGGGAGAUGCUUAGGAGCGAGAGUCAGGGGCAGGGGUCGUAG